AUGGCUGCAAGAAAAGAAGAGAAGAAAGCUUCCGGGGCCAUGGAAGACACAAGUCAUUUCAAUCUGGAUCGUCCUCAGCGUGGUGUAACAAAGAUUAGCGAUUUAACAGAGAUCUGUUUGGAUCGUCCAGCAUGGCGGAACGCGCUGGACGGUGCUCCGGCGGAUGAGGCACAAGAACACGAUCAUUUGAAUCUAGAUCGUCCCCUCCGUCGUCUAACGCAGAUCACUUUGGACCGUCCAGCACACGGGGGAGCGGUUAACAGCCCUCCGGCGGAGGAAAUGACACCAGACCCAAGCUCCUUAAUUUUGGAUCGUCCCCACCGUCGUCUGACCGAGAUCAACUUGGAUCGUCCAGCACAUCGCAGCGCCGAGAACCACCCUCCGCCGCUGAUCAAUCUUGAUCGCCCACUCAAGCCAGCUGCGGUGGCAGGUGAUCUACGCGAUAUCGUCCUAGAUCGUCCAGGAGGCCAGGCUCGUGCCGUGAACCUUGACCGCCCCGUGCGAGGUUCAGCAGCAUCAAAGGGCCAGAACAAGCCUCUUCCAGCAGAGGUGGCACCAUAUCAUGAUUCACUCAACCUCGAUCGCCCAGCCAAGCAAGCGGUGCUUGAAAAGGUUUUGCCAGACAUAAACCUUGACCGUCCAAAACGCCAACCCACCACCCUCGAACAUCCUGCCAUGAACCUUGACCGUCCCGUUCGACCUCCGGCGGAAUCGAAGGGCCAGCCAAGUUUGAACUUAGAUCGUCCAACUAGGCCUCCAUUUAUCGACUUUCGUCAUCCCCCCUCUCGUACGCAUGAUCUGGCGGAGGGCACCCCGACGGCGCCUGACUCUCUAGCAAACGACUCGCCGGCGGAACAUCAAAUCAUCCACUCCGACGCGGCCACAUUGACUUUGGAUCGACCACGAAAGGUCAAAGUUGAACCUGCAAGUCCACCACUCUCACAUUCCCUCCCUCCUCCCUACUUGGAUCUCAACCUGGAUCGUCCCAGUGUCCGUCAGCCAACGUCAAAGACAAACCCUGCUGGGGUUAUUGACCUCACUCGUUCCCCACCAGCCAAGGCAGGUUCUGGACCUUCCCUCACAACUCUACCCACCUCCAUUAAUUUGGACCGUCCCCUCCGCAAGGCAAAAUCGGCUCAAAGCUAUGCAGGCCUGCCCCCUUGCGAGCCAUUGUUGACUGCUGAGAGGGUUACACAUUCCAGUGUGGAGCAGGAGAUGACCCAACAUGAGUGGGCAGAUGACAGGUUAUCCUUCCCCAGGACCAAGGUUGGCGAUCCACUACAUCAUACCUUCGGUAACUAA